CAACAAAAACAACAAAAACAACAAAAACAACAAAAACAACAAAAACAACAAAAACAACAAAAACAACAAAAACAACGAAAACAACAAAAAACAACAAAAACAAAAACAACAAAACAACAAAAACAACAAAACAACAAAAACAACAAAAACAACAAAAGCAACAAAAACAACAAAAACAACAAAAACAACAAAAACAACAAAAACAACAAAAGCAACAAAAACAACAAAAACAACAAAAACAACAAAAACAACAAAAACAACAAAAACAACAAAAACAACAAAAACAACAAAAACAACAAAAACAACAAAACAACAAAAACAACAAAAGCAACAAAAGCAACAAAAACAACAAAAACAACAAAAACAACAAAAACAACAAAACAACAAAAACAACAAAAGCAACAAAAACAACAAAAACAACAAAAACAACAAAAACAACAAAAACAACAAAAGCAACAAAAACAACAAAAACAACAAAAACAACAAAAACAACAAAAACAACAAAAACAACAAAAACAACAAAAACAACAAAAGCAACAAAAACAACAAAAACAACAAAAACAACAAAAACAACAAAAACAACAAAAACAACAAAACAACAAAAACAACAAAAGCAACAAAAACAACAAAAACAACAAAAACAACAAAAGCAACAAAAACAACAAAAACAACAAAAACAACAAAAACAACAAAAACAACAAAAACAACAAAACAACAAAAACAACAAAAGCAACAAAAACAACAAAAACAACAAAAACAACAAAAACAACAAAAGCAACAAAAGCAACAAAAACAACAAAAGCAACAAAAACAACAAAAACAACAAAAACAACAAAAACAACAAAAACAACAAAAACAACAAAAACAACAAAAGCAACAAAAACAACAAAAACAACAAAAACAACAAAAGCAAUAAAAACAACAAAAACAACAAAAGCAACAAAAGCAACAAAAACAACAAAAGCAACAAAAGCAACAAAAACAACAAAAACAACAAAAACAACAAAAACAACAAAAACAACAAAAACAACAAAAACAACAAAAACAACAACGACAACAAUAAAAGCAAAAACAGCGAAAGCAAGAGCGAAAACUAAAACAACAAUAAAAAACAAAUUCACGCAGUUAAGAAAAGUGGUUUCAUCAUUAAGAAUCAGGAUCAUAAAAAAACUCCCACAAUUCACAUUAUUUCAAUAAAACCUACUGCAAUCUGGAAUGACUUUGUUAUAAAUAGACAAAAGAAUCUAAACUUAAUAUUAACAUCAAACCUAACUUAAUCUCCUAUUAAGGCAAUAAAAUUUAUUAAAAAUGCUAAAACUUUUAACGGGGGUCACUUCA